AUGUCGGACGGUUGGACCGAUGGAAAUGGUAGAGUACUUCUUAAUUUUCUUUUGAAUAGUCCGACAUGUACUUUCUUUUUGAAGUCCAUUGAUGCAUCCGGUAGUGUAAAGAAUUGUAGUUUAAUGCUAAAGUAUGUGGAUGAAGGGGUUAGAGAAGUUGGGGAAGAGAAUGUAGUUCAAAUAAUCACCGAUAAUGCAUCAAAUUAUAAAAAUGCGGGCCUUAGACUUAUGCAAAGGAGGUUGAAGUUGUGGUUGACUUCAUGUGCGGCACAUUGUAUUGAUUUUAUGCUUGAAAAUAUUAUUAGCAAGCUAAUCAUCUUUGAGAAGACCAUUGCAAGUGCUAAGAAAGUGGUGAACUUUCUCUAUGGUGACACAUGGGUCCUUUAUCUCAUGAGGAAAUUCACAAACAACAAUGAGAUCAUUCGUCCGACGGCAACUCGCUAUGCAAGUUCCUUUCUCACCCUUCAAAGUAUCUAUAACAAAAAAAAACCUCUUCAAAUGAUGUUUAAUAUCAAGAAGUGGAUUAAUGGUCCUUUUGGUGUGAUGUCAUUAGUGUGUGUUUUGAGUGAGCUUGAUUUGGAGGUAAGAUCUGUUAUGGGCUACAUAUAUGAAUUGAUGGAUGCCGCCAAGGAGAAGAUUGCAUUUGGAUUGAAGAAGAACCCUAGACACUAUCAACCAAUUUGGAACAAAAUUGAUGCAAGGUGGACUCUUCAACUACAUCAACCUUUGCAUGAUGCCAGAUAUUUUCUAAACCCUCAACUACUUUAUGAAGACAACUUCUCAACUGUUUUAGAAGUCAAGAAAUGA